AUGGAGAAGCUGCCUGUCCACACCAAGGAGCCGGUCGAGGGGGUGCGCUUGCGGCCGGGACGAGCGACGUUCCUGCGUCGCCUCUUCUGUGUCGUGUGUUUCCUAUAUGGCUACUACCUGCUGAUCCGGCCAGGACGUGACGAAUGCGACUUGACCCGCUGCACCGCCUCCAGUGCCCUAGAGAGGAUGUUAGGGCCUCAAGCUACAGAGAUCAGACACCCUCCUCCUCCUGCGCCUGCUGCUGCGAUACAGACCAGCCUCCCACUCGACGAUCACAUCAUCAGCAAUGCCCCAAAGCAAAAACCCCUGACACCGUCCGCUGAGGUGCAGACCAAGAAGAUUCCCCUCGAGGCACACAUCAUGAGCAAAUGCCCAGAUGCCCAAGUCUGUCUGCAAGAGCUGGUUGUGCCAGCCAUGGAGAAGAUCAGCGACAAGGUGGAUUUCCGGCUGUCGAUGAUUGCAACGGUCUCUGAAAAAUCCUCCGAUAUCGAGUGCAUGCAUGGCCCACCAGAGUGCAUUGGCGAUAUGCUCAUGCUCUGUGCUGCGAACCUGCCUUUCCCUGCAACUGCCGACGACUCCCUCCUGCCGUCUACAUACCCUCGGACGCCCAUCAUCCGAUCAUUGGGGUUUGCAAACUGUCUGAUCAAUGACUACGAGCACAUACCAGAGCGGGAGCUUGUCCAUCAGUGUGCCUUGGAGCAUGGGAUCGACUUUGAUGCUCUGAACCGGUGUGCCAGCCAGCAGAAUGACGACCCGAAUGAUGGGAAUGGGGACCCCCCGUCAAGUGCACUACGGGGACAGGAGCUGGGAGUUCGGGUCAGUUGUACCGUGCGUCUAGAUGAGAAGGUGUGGUGUGUACAUGACUCCGAGUGGAAGGAUUGUGCGCAGAAUGGUGAUGAGCCAGCGGUAUUGAUAGACGAGGUGGAGAGACUCUACAAAGAGAGGAACUAA